GCUCCUCGGCUUCGGCACCACAGCCACUCACCGGGACGGGCAACUUUAAGGCAAGCGGAGAUUCUGCAUUCGUCGCGGAAGACAAGAUUACAAAAAGCACAGGCUGCUUCGCAUGAUGGAUUCGCCGAGUAACAAAUGGUACCUCCAGCUGGUCUGCAUCCUGAUGGUUGCGGGGGCAGGUGCCAAGCCCGGGUUUUUAAAAGGGAACCACGGAGCAAGCAGUCACCCGGGGAGCCUGGGUGAGAUCGAUCCGCAGUGCUGGGAUUCCUCUUCAAUUGCUGUCAUUGCGAUGAAGAAACUUCGUGUGGCAGACAGUGUCAACGGCUUUUGGGAUUUCAUGAUCUAUCUCAAGGUGUCCGAGCACCCGAAACACAACGCUCUCUUCAUCGACCUGGCACAGCUCUUUUGGGACAUUUACGUCGACUGUGUGUUGUCGCGGUCGCACGGCAUCGGGAGGAGAUACAGCGUGGCGGAGACGCACAGCCGACAGUACGAGCAGAAGUUUACACAAAGUCUGCAAGAUAUUUCUGGGAACCACAUAUUUUAAUGAUGAUUGAUACUUACUGCAAGAGAUAAGAUUGACUUUUUUUUAAAGAAUUUAUCUCCGUAUUCUUUGUAAAACGUUAAGAAACAAAUGUUUCUGAGAUGAGCUAUGGAUAAAAUGUUAAUAGUCUUACAGUCUACAAGUGCUUUUCCAAUGUCUAUUUAUUUAAAAUACCUCAGUUCUACAGCUUAAAUCUUAAGUGUAUGGUUUCAGGUUGUGCACGUGAAUGUGUGUAAAUAAGAGUGAUGGGUUUAGCGCUGGCUUGGAGAUUUCACACAGGCCGUAAUAUGUUACUAAGAGAACAUUCUAGUCCCCCGGCAAUUUUGUUUAUUCACUACUGUCUUUUUAUUGUUGCCCCUUACAAGCAUCACCACUGAAUGUCUCAUAUUUAUUUCGACAUUUCCUUGAUCCUGCUAGCUUUCACAAUCAUGUUCAUGUCUGCUGUACCCAGUGUUAAGUACGACUAUAACACUUAACCUUUCCUAAAUUAGUUGCUUUGAGGAUCCAUCCUUCCUUGACACCUACAAAAAGCUUCUAAAAUGUGUUUCAUAUUAUCUGUAAGCUGUAGGUUUCAACUUUAUUUUACCGAGCACAGUGAAUCUAACCUCCUGAAACUUGCUUUAUUCAGUUUGGGGUCACGGGUGGCCAAAGAUUACCCUAAAGGGCUGGGGGCAUCGCUCCAGUCCAUCACACACACACACACUGACGCGGAGCCGGCUUAGCACCCGACCUGCCCAUCUGUGACGAUGUGGGAAUAAAACCGGAGCAACCAGGAGGGAAAUCCCCACUGAAAUGGGGACAACGUGUCCUGCAGUAAACCCAAUUCGAGGGUCUCAGCAUGUUAGAGUCUAUGCCUGGCAGCACUGGGAGCAAGACGGGGAUCACGUCUAUCACAACAUGCUUAAACACACACACACAAAUACUGAAUCACUGUUUAAAGUUGCCAAUUAUCUUAACACAAAGACUUGGGGAAUUUUUGCCACCUCUAAAGA